ACCUCUGAAGAAGAAAGUGUGAGAAGCAGAGGCCAUGGCUCCUUUUCGCUGUCAAAAAUGCGGCAAGUCCUUCCUCACCCUGGAGAAGUUCACCAUCCACAAUUAUUCCCACACCAGGGAGCGCCCAUUCAAGUGCUCCAAGACUGAGUGUGGCAAAGCCUUCGUCUCCAAGUAUAAGCUGAUGAGACACAUGGCUACGCACUCUCCCCAGAAGAUUCACCAGUGUACUCAAUGUUCGAAGACUUUCAACCGGAAGGAUCACCUGAAGAAUCACCUCCAGACCCACGAUCCCAACAAGAUGAUCUACGCCUGCGAAGAUUGUGGCAAGAAAUACCACACCAUGCUGGGCUACAAGAGGCACGUGGCCCUGCAUUCGGCCAGCAGCGGCGAUCUCACCUGCGGCGUCUGCACCCUGGAGCUGGGGAGCACCGAGGUCCUGCUGGACCACCUCAAGUCUCACGCGGAAGACAAGGCCCACCACGCGCCCAGGGAGAAGAAACACCAGUGCACCCACUGCGAGAGAUGCUUCUACACCCGGAAGGAUGUGCGUCGCCACCUGGUGGUCCACACAGGAUGCAAGGACUUCCUGUGUCAGUUCUGCGCCCAGAGAUUUGGGCGCAAAGACCACCUCACUCGUCACACCAAGAAGACCCACUCCCAGGAGCUGAUGCAAGAGAGUCUGCAAGCAGGAGAAUACCAGGGCGGUUACCAACCCAUUGCGCCUCCGUUCCAGAUCAAGGCUGAUCCCAUGCCUCCUUUCCAGUUAGAAAUGCCCCCCGAGAGCGGGCUUGAUGGGGUCCUGCCUCCUGAGAUUCAUGGUCUAGUGCUUGCUUCCCCAGAGGAGGUUCCCCAGCCUAUGCUGUCUAUGCCGCCAAUGCAGCCGAUGCCAGAGCAGCCUUUCACUCUGCACCCUGGGGUAGUUCCCUCUACUCCUCCGCCCAUCAUUCUUCAGGAGCAUAAGUACAGCCCAGUUCCUACCUCUUUUGCCCCGUUUGUAAGCAUGCCGAUGAAAGCAGAUCUCAAGGGCUUUUGCAACGUGGGUCUCUUUGAGGAAUUUCCUCUGCAAGAGUGUCAGUCGCCUGUCAAGUUCAGUCAGUGCUUUGAGAUGGCUAAGGAGGGGUUUGGGAAGGUCACCCUGCCCAAAGAGCUGCUGGUAGAUGCUGUAAAUAUAGCCAUUCCUGGCUCUCUGGAGAUUUCCUCCCUCUUGGGGUUCUGGCAGCUGCCCCCUCCUCCUCCCCAGAAUGGCUUCGUGAAUGGCACCAUCCCUGUGGGGGCCGGGGAGCCGCUGCCCCAUAGGAUAACUUGUCUGGCACAGCAGCAGCCACCACCGCUGCUACCUCCGCCGCCGCCGCUGCCGCUGCCAGAGCCGCUGCCCCAGCCACAGCUGCCUCCACAGUUUCAGUUGCAGCUCCAGCCCCAGCCCCAGCUGCAGCCCCAGAUGCAGCUGCAGCCUCUACAGCUGCAGCUGCCCCAGCUGCUGCCCCAGCUGCAGCCCGAGCCCGAGCCAGAGCCAGAGCCAGAGGAAGAAGAAGAAGAAGAGGAAGAGAUCGAAGAAGAGGAAGAGAUCGAGGAAGAGGAAGAGGUCGAACCAGAGGCAGAAGAAGAAGAAGAGGAGGCAGAGGAAGAAGAAGAGGAAGAGGAAGAGGAGCCGCAGCCAGAAGAAGCCCAAAUAGCGAUGAGCGCGUUGAAUAUGGGCCAGCCCCCGCUACCCCCGACCCCUCAUGUUUUCACAGCUGGCCCCAACACCGCUAUCCUGCCCCAUUUCCACCACGCGUUCAGAUAAAUUGGUUUUUUAAGAGGGUGCUUCUCUUCCGGAAGAUGUUUCAAGCACCAGUUCCAGUUCCAGACAUCAGUUACAGUUUGAAGAGAAGCGUUGGAAAACCAGGAAUGGGGUUUCUAGCUUAUUGCCAUGAGUAGAUUGAGGAAAAAGGACUCUCUUAACUGCAUGCACUGUGCCAAUCCAUAUAUAUAUAUAUAUCAUCCUUAGUAUUCAUGCUUUGUACCAAACUUAGUGAGUGCGGGCGUAGUCCGUAAUCGAACUGCAAGUAGUAUCGUAUUAUUACCCUGAUAUUGUUAGUCUCAUAUUAUUAGCCUUGUAUUAUUCUCAUAUAAUCAAAACCAAGAUCCAAAACAUGAGCUGCUAAUUUGUAAAUAUCGUGUUGAGUGUUAGCCGUCGUAGUGAUGUUAGCUGCGUAGUUGCGUGUUAGCACUGCCUAGGAAGGGCACGAGGGCAACGUUGGGCUUCUCCAACUUGGAAGAUGUUUUGAAGAGAAGGGGGUGAUCUCCGUAGGGCGUUCGUAACUAGGCCGUGUGUUUCUUUUCAGGGACCCGUCUACCUUCAGGAUUGGAUGUAGUUUAGUCGCUCUUCUUCUUAGCUCGCUUUGUAGUUUGUCCUUCUGGUAGCCUACUGUUGUGUGUCUGUGUGUAGCUUUAUAUAGGAAAGUUCCGUGUGAAGCUGUCGGUGUCUUCGUUUUCAAAAGUGAAUUUUAAAUGUAUUUUUCAAUAUUUUUCAUGUGAUGCUGUACCAAUGUGAAUUAUGACUUCGUUUAUCUUAAAGACAAAACUGGUUGUCAGUCAUAUCUGACAGGAAGAAAGAAAUCCCUGUGGGUAGCCAAGUCAAGUGGCCAGCUAAUGGGAAGAAGCAUCAAUCGAAAGUGUUGGCUGACUGGGACACUCGUGAUUCUCACAGGACUUUGAGAAAACGUACUGGAAUUAAAAAAAAAAAAAAAAGCUUAAGUACAUUAGAUAAGGAUUUUCUUUGCCUAGCUUAACCUACUACUUAAGCCUCUUAAGUUCUGAAGUAUUGUGAUCAACCAAUAGGAAAAUGUAUCUGUAGUUGAUGAAUUUCAGUCCUUGUUACUUUGUAUCCCAAGAGGUUUGUGUUUUACAAUGUAACCGUACUUGUAAUCUCAGUUGGUAUCUUGCUAAUCGAUUUGAAAGUGUAAAACCUAACCCUUGAAGACUCUGUAUUUCCUUUUUUGAGACUGUAUUUCCCAGCAUGUAUACCCUAACCUUUGAAGACUCUGUAUUCUGUUUUUGAGACUUUCUCCCCGCCCCCCAGCAUAUGUACCCCAACCCUUGAAGACUGUAUUUCGUUUUUGAGAACGUAUUUCCCAGCAUAUAUACACUAACCCUUGAAGACUCUGUAUUUCCUUUUUUGAGACUGUAUUUCCCAGCAUGUAUACCCUAACCUUUGAAGACUCUGUAUUUCAUUUUUGAGACUGUGUUUCUUAGUAUACAUACCCUAACCUUUAAAGACUCCAUUUUUGAGACUUCCCCCCCCAGCAUUUGUACCCUAACCCUUGGAGGCUCUGUAUUUUGUUUUUGAGACUUUUUCCCCAGCAUAUAUACACUAACCCUUGAAGACUCUGUAUUUCAUUUUUGAGACUUUUUCCCCAGCAUAUAUACCCUAACCCUUGAAGACUCUGUAUUCCGUUUUUGAGAUUUUUUUUACCUCAGCAUAUAUACUCUAACCCUUGAAGACUCUGUAUUUCAUUUUUGAGACUUUUUUCCCCAGCAUAUAUACCCUAACCUUUGAAGACUCUGUAUUUCAUUUUUGAGAUUUUUUUUCCCUCAGCAUAUAUACCCUAACCCUUGAAGACUCUGUAUUCCAUUUUUGAGACUUUUUUUCCCAGCAUAUAUACCCUAACCUUUGAAGACUCUGUAUUCCAUUUUUGAGACUUUUUUUCCCAGCAUAUAUACCCUAACCUUUGAAGACUCUGUAUUCCGUUUUUGAGAUUUUUUUUACCUCAGCAUAUAUACCGUAACCUUCGAAGACUCUGUAUUUCAUUUUUGAGACUUUUUUUCCCAGCAUAUAUACCCUAAACUUUGAAGACUCUGUAUUCUGUUUUUGAGACUUUUUUCCCAGCAUAUAUACCAUAACCUUUGAAGACUCUGUAUUCCGUUUUUGAGAUUUUUUUCCUUCAGCAUAUAUACCCUAAUCUUCGAAGACUCUGUAUUUCAUUUUUGAGACUUUUUUCCCCAGCAUAUAUACCCUAACCCUUGAAGACUCUGUAUUCCAUUUUUGAGACUUUUUUUCCCAGCAUAUAUACCCUAACCUUUGAAGACUCUGUAUUCCGUUUUUGAGAUUUUUUUACCUCAGCAUAUAUACCAUAACCUUCGAAGACUCUGUAUUCCAUUUUUGAGACUUUUUUCCCAGCAUAUAUACCAUAACCUUUGAAGACUCUGUAUUCCGUUUUUGAGAUUUUUUUCCCUCAGCCAUAUAUACCCUAAUCUUCGAAGACUCUGUAUUUCAUUUUUGAGACUUUUUUCCCAGCAUAUAUACCCUAACCCUUGAAGACUCUGUAUUCCAUUUUUGAGACUUUUUUUCGCAGCAUAUAUACCCUAACCCUUGAAGACUCUGUAUUCCAUUUUUGAGACUUUUUUCCCAGCAUAUAUACCCUAACCUUUGAAGACUCUGUAUUCUGUU